AUGCCUGGAACCAUGGCAGCUCGCCCGGCAGCGGGGGAAGCGCAGCCCAGCCGCGGGGCAGCGGCGCCGGGCGGUGACGGCAGCCGGAGCCCAGCCCCGGGGCGGGCAGGGCGCUGCUGCUCAGGUAGCGGGGGCCGAGCUCGCCGCCCCCGCUCCCCCGCUCGGCUCGGAUUACCUGGGCGGGCCGCGGCUCCGCUCUUCCCGUCUGGCCCUGCCCCUCCGACGGGAAGUGGGACCAUGGGGCUUGCCGGGGUCCCGCUGCUCCUCACCGUCUGCUGGCUGGGCACCGCGGGGACGGCGGCGGCAGGAAAAGUCCUUCCACCUCCAUCCAACCUGAGCUACUCAUUUGUCCAAAUCUGCACCCUGAAUUGGACGUGGAGCCCCCCAGAGCAUGUCAGCAGUAGCUGCAACCUGGAAUAUUCAAGCGAGGUUGUGAUUGGCGAGGUCCCACAGGACACCAGGGCGUGGAGCAGGAGCCGCUUCCGUGUGACCGAGACCUGCCUGGACGAGGAGCUGCGCUUCAGAGUGAGAAGUGAGUGCAAGCAGGACAACACCACCGAGCCCAGCAGCUGGCUGGAGACCUCCCUUCUGCCAAAAGGUAUUCCAGGUACUGCUGCUGUUAACUUGAGCUGUGUCUGGUACAAUUUGGAGUCCAUGGUUUGUACCUGGCGUGCUGGGGAGAAUGCAAGCAGGGACACCAAUUACACCUUGUCCUACUGGUUUGAUGGCUUGAACAACUCGAAAAAGUGCAGGAACUACUCCAUGCACCAAGGAAUCUAUGGAUGUACUUUCAAUCUCAGCUUCCCAAACACCACCAGUUACCCAGUUGUAAGGAUAUUGAUUAGAGAUGACUCUGAGGAAAUCAGGCCUGUAUGUGCAAGUAAAAAUCCCACCACCAUUGUAAAACCUGCUACCCCAAAACUACUCACACUCUCAAAGGUCAAGGAUGAAAUAUAUGCAGAAUGGAGUGAAUCAGAAACCUUCCCUGACAAUUGUUUGGUUUAUGAAGUGAAAUAUCACACUGGAGAUUCGAACUCUGCUUGGAUAGUCCAAGUUGAGAGUAAUUAUAUGUCAGUUCCUAGUGUUGAUCCCAAGAUCAAGUACACCUUCAAAGUGAGAGCAAACCCAAAGCCUGAGUGCUACAGCAGCCACCUCUACAGUGACUGGAGUGAGGAAAAGACUAUUGGUGAGAAGAUGGACUCUACAUUCCAUUUUGUUUUACUAAUCACCAUUCCAUUAAUUGUUGCAGUAUCUACAAUAAUUCUCCUAGUCUAUCUGAAAAGGUUGAAGAUAUUAAUUCUUCCACCAAUUCCAGACCCUAGAGAAAUUCUGAAGCGUAUGUUUGGAGAGCAGAAUGAGGAUUCCCAGAGCUCUGCCAAGGACGACUCCCUGAACGCUUGUGACAGGUUCAUGAAGGAAGAGGAAAUCCAUUCUUUAAUCGUGACAGAGACUCCAGUGUAUGCUAAUGCUGACACAGAGACCUGA